AUGCCGCUGGCGGGGCUGGCGAGAGCAAGAGAGGGUCGACUGAGAGAGCGGCGAGGCCGAGGCUCCUGGCUGGACGGCAGAGGUGAUCCUUAUCUGCAAGUGCGCCCGCUCGCACGUUUCCUUGCGUUUCGCGAAUUUCGCGCGCCGCCGCACCGCGCAGCGCAGCGCUCCGGCCGCUUGUUUUGUUUAUUAAAGGAGCGGAUAGAUACGGCCUGGCAAGUUUUGCGCUUUUGUAGGGCACUGCGAGGAGGAGGUAAUUCAGUCGUCGUCAAUCAUAGUCAGUCAGUGCCCUUCGGCCAGGAUCACGGCGCCAGUCUGAGAGGGAGGAGGCGGAGAAGACAGAGGAGGCGGACGAGAGGGGGUGGUUGUGGAGAGGCAGGAGGCGGGGAGAAGGAGGAGGUGGAAGAGAGGAAGGAGACGGAGGAAUCGGAGGAGAGGGGGGUAGUUGUGGAGAGGGAGCAGGAGAAGGAGAGGAAGGAGGCGGAGGAGAGGGAGGAGGUGGAGGAGAGGGAGAAGGCUGAGAAGACGGAGGAGGCGGAGGAGAGGGAGGAGAGGGUGGGGGUGAAUGAGAGGGAGAGCCGGUGGAGAGGGAGGAGGUUGAAGAGAGGGAGGGGCGGAGGAGAGGGACGAAACGGAGGUGAAAGAGGAGGCAUAGAUAAAAUGGGCGACGGAGGUGUGGGGCACAGAGAAGGAGACGCAAUGGUGGAAGAAGGGCUCGCUGAUCAAAUUGAUGAAGAUUGGUUGGACAGUCAGGGAACGCCCACGAUGUAUUUGCGGAGAUGGAUAUAUGAAGGACCCAUCUCGUGGCUAGCUAAAAUGGAAAUUCAGAACCUGCUUUCAGUACCAAAAGAAAAGGCUUAUGAUAACUUAUACUGA